GGUGAGGUCAGGGAGGCGUGUGGAUUAGCUUGCCACCCAGGUGCCACCAGUAACCAGGGCUGUGGCUGCAGUGGUGGGCCCGGCCCAGGAGGCCGUUUUGUACAUCACUCGAGGCUCCUGCUGACUCGUGCUGCACAAAUCAUGGACCCACAAAGAGAGAAAUAUGGCGAGCGGCCAACAAGAAUUGUCAAAGUUUCCCAAGGAAGUCGAAGUGGACACUCGUCCCGACCAUCUGGCUCCUCAAGCACCUCUGGGGUCCUCAUGGUGGGACCAAACUUUCGUGUGGGGAAGAAGAUUGGUUGUGGAAACUUUGGUGAAUUGAAGCUCGGCAAGAAUCUCUACACAAAUGAGUAUGUAGCUAUUAAACUGGAACCAGUGAAGUCGCGGGCCCCACAGCUGCAUUUGGAAUAUCGGUUCUACAAAAGCCUCGGAACCACAGCAGAGGGAGUGCCUCAGGUGUUUUACUUCGGACCAUGUGGGAAAUUCAAUGCCAUGGUCAUGGAGCUGCUGGGCCCAAGUCUAGAAGACCUCUUUGACCUUUGUGCUAGGACCUUUUCAUUAAAGACGACCUUGAUGAUAGCAAUUCAGCUGAUUUCACGAAUGGAGUAUGUGCACUCAAAAAAUCUCAUCUAUCGAGAUGUCAAGCCUGAAAACUUUCUCAUCGGACGGCAAGGAAAUAACAAAGAGCACAUCAUCCACAUUAUUGACUUUGGCCUGGCCAAAGAGUACAUCGACCCAGAGACCAAAAAACACAUUCCGUACCGGGAGCAUAAGAGCCUCACUGGUACUGCCAGAUACAUGUCCAUCAAUACACACUUAGGCAAAGAGCAAAGUCGACGAGAUGACCUGGAAGCCUUGGGGCACAUGUUCAUGUAUUUCCUUCGUGGGACUCUACCUUGGCAAGGGCUCAAGGCGGACACGUUAAAAGAAAGAUACCAGAAGAUUGGAGACACAAAACGAAACACUCCCAUUGAGGUCCUCUGCGAAGACGUUCCAGAGGAAAUGGCCACCUACUUGCGGUAUGUGAGACGGUUAGACUUCUUUGAAAAGCCUGACUAUGAAUACCUGAGGACUCUGUUUACUGAACUCUUUGAGAGAAAAGGAUACACCUUUGACUACACUUACGACUGGGUUGGAAAGCAGAUACCCACACCAGUGGGAUCUGUUCAUAUAGAUUCUGCUGCUUCUGGUGUCACAAGAGACAGCCAUGCUCCUCGGGACAGACCUGCGCAGCACCAACCAAUCAGAAAUCAGACAGCGGUCUCAGAUCGACGAGGAGCAUGGGAGGUGCAGCCCACACGACAAGCAAACUCCUAUCUGACCUCCCACCUGGCAGCGGACAGGCACGGGGGCUCAGUGCAGGUGGUCAGUUCAACCAACGGGGAGCUGAAUGCAGACGAUCCUCUCGCUCAUUCCAACGCUCCGAUAACGACUCAGGCAGAGGUGGAAGUGGUCGACGAGGCCAAGUGCUGCUGUUUCUUCAGGCGAAAACGGAAGAAGAACACGCCGAGGCACAAUUAACGACCCCCCCACACCAGACUGAAAUGUUCCUCAUGUCCGGCUCAGUCGACCGUGGUUUCAGAAGAUGGUCCCUGUCAGAAGUAGAGGAGUCGGCUCAACUACAAUGUUCUCUUCUGGGACCAGUAAAAGACACGAGUCAUUUGAUGGGAGUCCUUUGUGUUUUCUUUUCUCCUCCUCUGCUAACUGUGAGGGUGUUUCACCCAUCUGUUGACACGAGCAGGAAGCCAUCUUUAAAAGGUUUGGCUGAGGAAUGUCUUUAUUUUUCCCUCCACAUGAAACCCAGAGGUUUUUUCUCAUUAUUUUUGCCAUAUUUUUUGCUCCAUUUUUAUUUUUAUUUUUCUAGGA